CCUACUUUGCACACUCUUUUGCUUUCUCUGUUGUUUUUCAUUUGAGUGAUCAUCUCUUUUCUAUUCUCCACACCUUCUCUUCUUAUUCUCCUCAUCAUUCCCUUUCUAUAUUUCAUUAUUUGUAAAAGAAAGAACACCAAGAAUAUAUUCUCGUGGCUGUCUUUUAAAUCCAAAGGGUACCAACCAACCAUUCUUUUCUGCAUGAACAAGAAAAGCAAACCAAAAGAAAUAAAGAACAUAAAUGGAAAAAGCCCCGCGCACCAAGAACGACCAUUCCAUGUUUAAAAAAAAAAAAAGAACUUCCCAUUUUUCUUUCCUUCUCAAAAUAUUCUCUUUCACUUUCAUUAGAAGAUCGUAGCAUGUAGGCGGUGGUGGACUUCUUUGUUUCUUUAUUCCUUCUCUUUGCCUUUUAUUUUAUCUUCUUGGCUUUCUGUUAUUCUUCUUCUUUCUUGUUUCUUCUUCUUUUUCUUGUUUGGUCCAAGGAGUUGAUCAGUUUUUUUUUUGGAGGAUAAGAGGAGGAAGGUGUUGGGCUAUGGAACGUCGAGUUCUUGAUGGUAUAAUCAAUAGGUUGCUUGAAGUUAGAGGGAAACCGGGGAAGCAAGUGCAGCUUUCCGAGUCUGAAAUAAGGCAGCUUUGUCUGGUUUCUAAAGAUAUCUUCUUGAUGCAGCCCAUUCUUCUAGAGCUUGAAGCACCAAUUAAGAUCUGUGGAGAUAUUCAUGGUCAGUAUUCUGAUCUCCUGAGGCUUUUUGAGAAUGGUGGUUUCCCUCCUCGUGCCAAUUACUUAUUCUUGGGGGAUUAUGUAGAUCGUGGAAAGCAAAGCCUGGAAACAAUAUGCCUUCUCCUUGCAUACAAAAUAAAAUAUCCUGAAAACUUUUUCCUUCUCAGGGGCAACCACGAAUCUGCUUCUGUGAAUCGUAUCUAUGGAUUUUAUGAUGAGUGUAAGAGAAGAUUCAAUGUCAGGCUCUGGAAAGUAUUCACCGACUGUUUCAACUGCCUGCCUGUGGCUGCUCUGAUUGAUGAAAAGAUAUUCUGCAUGCAUGGGGGACUUUCGCCUGAGCUACGCAAUUUGGACGAGAUUAGAAAUUUAAAGAGGCCUACUGAUGUUCCAGAAUCUGGCUUACUAUGUGAUCUCCUAUGGUCUGAUCCUAGUAAAGACAUUCCGGGCUGGGGGCCAAAUGAUAGGGGAGUUUCCUAUACGUUUGGUGCUGAUAGGGUGAUAGAUUGCCUCAAGAAGCUUGAUCUUGAUUUAAUAUGUCGUGCACACCAGGUUGUUGAAGAUGGAUAUGAAUUCUUUGCCAAUAGGCAACUUGUAACCAUAUUUUCAGCACCUAAUUACUGCGGAGAGUUUGACAAUGCUGCUGCCAUGAUGAGCGUGGAUGAGACAUUAAUGUGUUCUUUCCAAAUAUUAAAGCCUGCAGAUAAGAAACCGAAGUUUGGCUUUGGAACCUUAACUCCAACAAAGCCUUCUACUACUCCCUCUAGAAUCAAGUAACCUGUGAAAGCAUGUUGUCUAACUGUUGGGGCAUCUUGGAGCCAAACUCAUUGUUUGAAUAUCCAUAAUCUAGCUAAUUUCCAAUGAAGAAAAGAGAGUCAGCAAUGCUGGGGAGAAACCAGGAAGGUUCUAUCCUCAUGAUCAUUUAAUACAUUUUCCAGCUUCCUUUCCUUGGAAUUUCCUUGGCACAGAGCUUAUUCUUUCUUCUGAACUUUAAUUGUUAAUUCUCUUUGUUAAGUUUCUUUGAUGGUUUUCUUUUUCUUUUCUUUUGGGGAUUUUCUUAUUGUUCUUGAAUACUCAAAAUAUUCCCGUGUCCAUAUUAAACUUCUUGCCUUCAAAAUUUGGCACUUUGUUUUCAGGUGCCCUCGCUUGUUUUCACUAAUAAAAUUCCAUGUCUGAAUAACUUGUCCCCUGAAUUCUUAGUUCGUCUUACUCAUUGUAGCUUUCCACCUUCAAAGGCCUAAUAUUCAGAUUUGAUGAGAAAUGAACUGUUUCACCAGGCGCUUUGAACAUUUCUUUUAAAAUUAGGACUCAACUACAGGGUAUCUCAUUUCUAAAAAUUGCCUUCAUUUCCUUAUUCUGGUAAAAAGUUAGCUGAAAAGUUGCCCAGGGUAUCAAUAGUUUCCUUAACUCUGUGCUUUUGUGGAAAUUCGCAUCAAUUUCUUUAAACAUCUUAAAUUU